AGCGAUGGAGGACAGUGUUAAUAAUACGCCAAUGUCACAAUUUAAAGAGGAUGUAAGUAGUCCUUUGUGGCAAUUUGUUAAAAGACUCCAAAAAACUGGUGAUGGAGGUGGCAAUGUGAAAUGGAUUUGCAACUUUUGUGGUAGCCAAAAACAGGGGACAUACACUAGAGUGAGAGCUCAUUUACUCAAACUGCCUUCAAAAGGAAUUACUGUAUGUCCAAAGGUUGGGCCGGAGAGCAUUUUAGAAAUGAAAAAGCUUGAAGAAGAUGCUGCAAAGCAAAUUGCUGGUUCACAACCUAAGCGAGUAUCCUUGACUAGUAGUAGCACGCAAAGCAGCUCAACAUAUUUAUCGAUAAAUGAACCAAGUCGUUUAGAGAUGUUGAAAAGAAGAAGAGCCGAUGACUCGCCCAUUUCCAAAGCUUUUGAUUUGCAAACUAGGAAUCAGCUAGACGAUGAGAUUGCAAGGAUGUUCUUCACCGGAGGAGAAAGCACAUGUGGAGAUGUCCUUGCGACCUAUAAAAAGCACUUGGUACGAAAAAGGUGUGACCAUAGUUAGUGACGGAUGGAGUGAUCCGCAAAGGAGGCCACUAAUUAAUGUGAUGGUUGUUUGUGAAGCUGGCCCAAUGUUUAUCAAAGCUGUCGAUUGUUCAGGGGAGGUAAACGAUAAGCAUUUCAUUGCUAAUAUAUUGACAGAUGUUAUUAAUGAGAUUGGUGAUCACAAAGUCAUUCAAGUAAUCACCGAUAAUGCUAGAAAUUGCAAGGCAGCUGGAGAAAUUAUUGAAGGUCUAUUUCCGCAUAUUUAUUGGACUCCUUGUGUUGUUCACACUCUUAACCUUGCCUUAAAGAACAUCUGUGCGACAAAAAAUGUGUUAACAAAUGCAGAAACGUAUGAAGAGUGUCAUUGGAUCACAGAAGCUCAUGGAGAUGCGGUGCACAUCAAAAAUUUCAUAAUGAACCAUUCCAUGAGGCUUUCUAUGUUCUGCCGAUUUAGGACUUUGAAGUUGCUUUCAGUAGCUGAUACUCGUUUUGCUUCUAUUAUUGUCAUGCUUAAGAGGUUUAAACUUUUGAGACGUGCUUUAGAAGAAUUGGUUUUGAGUGAUGAAUGGGCAGAAUAUCGAGAUGAUGAUCAAGGAAAGGCUAAAUUUGUGUGAGAAAAGAUUUUAGAUGAAGGUUGGUGGGAGAAGGUUGAUUGCAUAUUGCAGUUCACUGGGCCUAUGUAUGAUAUGAUUAGAAUUUGUGAUACUGACAAACCAUGCCUCCAUUUGGUUUACGAGAUGUGGGACUCAAUGAUUGAAAAGGUGAGAAUGACUAUCUUUGCGCAUGAAGGAAAAACAUAUGGUGAAUAUUCUCCCUUUUACUAUGUUGUUCAUCGCAUUCUAGUUGAACGUUGGACGAAGAACAACACCCCGCUUCAUUGCUUAGCUCAUUCCUUAAAUCCGCGGUAUUAUAGCGAUCAAUGGAUCCAGGAAGGAGUUGGGAGAUCGCCUCCACAUAUGGAUAAUGAACUUUCAUUAGAGAGAAAUAAGUGUUUUAGGCGAAUUUUUCCUUCUGAAGAGCGUGUUAAGGCUAUUGAUGAAUAUGCUAAUUUCUCUUUGAAGAUUGGUCCAUUUAGAGACCCAGAUUGUAUUGUUGCUAUGUGUGAUACGGAUCCUAGAAAGUGGUGGGCAGUGUAUGGAUCAGGUGCACAAUUACUCCAAAAAUUGGCAUUUAAAGUGCUUGGACAACCUAGCUCUUCAUCCUGUUGUGAACGAAAUUGGAGUACUUAUUCUUUUAUCCAUUCAUUAAGACGGAACAAAUUAAAUCCGAAGCGUGCAGAAGAUUUGGUGUUCAUUCACAAUAAUCUACGCUUACUUUCAAGAAAUUCUGCCCAGUAUGAAGAUGACAACACUAAGAUGUGGGAUGUUGGUGGGGAUCAAUUUGCAAGCUUGGAAGAUGUUGGUGUUCUUGAGUUUGCAAAUUUAUCACUGGAUGAACCUGAU